AAUUUCGAUCGGCUUAUUCGAACUACUUGAUUUAAAUAGAACAAAAAGUUAUAUCUCAAAUAAAAAUAUUGAGAUGGCAGGUGGAGAUGGUUUACCACCAGACAGAAAAGUUAAAAAACAGUCAAAAAGCAACUCCACUAAUGAAUCGGAAAGAAAAAGUCAAGUAGUGGAAUUGGACUUGGUAAUUGAUAAAUUGAGAAAACAUGACAAUUAUAGGUUAGGUAAUCAAAACACUGGAGCAGGAACAAGUUCAGGCGACUGUACUAGAAGGGAAGACAAUUCAUUUUCUCUAAAACAUUUCUUAAGAAGCGACUCAAGUUACCAAAAUAAGGGUGCUCGGCCUAAAGUCUAUUGUGAUGGUCGUCCUGUAUUAGAGUCACAAGGACAACUUAUCACUGAAAAUCCCUCGGUGUUACCCGAUUUUGUUCAAGAUCAUCUAGUCAUAGAACAGAGUUACUUAUCGAAUGGACCAAUUCAAAAUUAUAAUACAGGUGUUCAAUUACCAGAUUUUGCCCAAAACAGUCUUGGAUCUAGGCAAAAUGUUGAAACAAACACACCAAAUUUGAAGACAACUAAUGGAAGUGAUAUUGCUGGCUCUAUUAGACCUCAAGUAGAAUUUCCAUUAGAUUUACCUCUGAAUUCUGGAAGGCAAGGAACUUCAAAUGAGGUUGCAGUCUCUAAGAGUCUUCCAGAUUUUUUAAAUGAUGGUGCUGUUCGUUCUCAGAAUGCUGAUAAUCUUUCUGCUAGUCAGAGCCCUGAAACUCCAGAGAGAUUACAGAGAGAAAUGGAUCUGCUCAGACGACAAUUGACAGAACAAACAAACAGAGCAGAUAUGUUAAAAAGAGAAUUAGAAGAGGUCAGAAAUCAGGAGAAUAGAUAUAAACAACAUUUGUUUGAAACUUUAGGGCAGUUAGAAGAAAACCUUAAACGAAGUAAUGGAAGAGUUUCAUCAGCAGAAGCCACAAUUUCAACACUACGCCAGGAAAUAGCUUCACUUAAAAACGAAAAUAAAGCAUUGAAAGCUGAAAAUUUGGCAUGGAGUAGUGUGGAAGGUGCUGCAGGGGGACCUCCACAUCAAACUGCACCUAAUCACUCUCACAGACUGGCUCAAGAAUUAAGAAAUGCUGCCAGUACAGCUGAAGCUUCCUUGAGACAACUACUUUCUGGAGUAGACAACUUGAGACUAAUGGCUUCUACAUUAGAAAAUAUGCAUCGAAUAGAGGAGAGCAAUGAAUCAUUCUUGAAUUCAGAUGAAAAUAGUGGACCUGCACUUUGAUUUUAUUUAUACAUUUUUACAAUGUAUUUGUAAAAACCUAUAGAGAUUACUUCUUUCUAUGUGAUUUAGCUUAAGUUUUAUCCAGAAAAUUGAAAUGGAAUAGAUUUUUUCAAAUUAUAUAUUUCCUUCACA